AAGCAUUUGAACAUGGACCAGGAUGAUUCAUUUGGCACUGGGUAGCUGUAGAAAUACUAAGUGGUAGAAAACACAGCAAAUAGCUCACAUAUUUUCUUCUGCCUUUGUGUUCCAGAGUAUCUGAGCACUUUUGGUGAUAUCCCAAGCGCCUUACUAUGUUUGACUAACAGUUUUAUAUCCAAGUACCCAAACCACUAGAAAAAAGACUGCCAUUGCAUAGAUGUGCUAUGUUUUCCUCUCCCUAACCCUUUUCUCAGGCAACUCAAUUCAAUCUGAAUCCAAAAUGUCCUAAACAGAUUAGAGAGUUUGGUCAAAACAAACAAAAUGUAUUUCAACAUGGGAAAAUGUACAACUACAUUUAGGCAGAAAAAAAUGAAAUGCACAGAUAUAGGAUGAGUGAUAAUUUGGCUUUAAAACAGUACAUGUGAAGGGGAUCUGGGAGUCAUAGUAGACCAAAGUUGAACAUGAGUCAAUAGUGUGAUAUGGCAGCUUAAAAUGCCAAUGUAAUUGUAGGCUUCAUCAAUAGGAGUAAAAUGUCGAGGGAAGUAAUUGUAGGCUUCAUCAAUAGGAGUAAAAUGUCGAGGGAAGUAAUAGUCCCACUCUGUUAUUUUUGUUUGGUCAGCCCUCAUUUGGAAUAGUGUGUCCAGCUCUGGGCACCACAAUUCAAGAAGGAUAUUGACAAGCUGGAACAUGUACAAAGAAAAGUGGCCAAAACGGAAGCCAAGUCCUUUGAGGAGUGACUUAGGGAACUGUGGAUGUUUGACUUGGAUAAGAGAAGGUUAAGAGGUGACAUAAUAGCCAUGUUUAAAUACUUCAAAGGAUGUCAUAUUGAGAAGGGGGCAACUUGUUUUCUGCUGAUCUGGAGAUUAAGACAUGGAGCAGUGUGUUCAUACUACAGGAAAAGAGAUUCUACCAAAUCAUAAUCUCCCAUUACAUCUGAACCAGGAAACCAUGCUUAUCAAACAAUGAUUUAUGAUCCUUGCUUGCUCUAUUCUGGUAAUCCAGUUUAGACAUAAUGGGAAACUAUAACUACUUGAAUAUUUCCUGGAUUAAUUGAAACAUGUCAAGUAGGCAGGAGGUACAAAAUGUCUCAUGUAUAUCCCAGCUUACUAAAAUGAGAACAAAUAUCCAGCUGAACUGUUCGUGGAUGAAUUAUAAGUAAUCCUGGGAAUAUCUCUUGAGCUCCAUAAAAUUGUAAGUAACAUAAUAUAAAUUGGCAGUUGCAAAUAAUGUACUUUUUGAAAUUCCUACAGGUUUAAGCACUUGAUACUAACCAAGCCAUCUCUACUUUUGUUCUCUUAUAUAGAGUGCAGAAGUACAACUAGUGAUUGGCUGGGUCUAAAAAGUGCAACAUGAAAGUAAGCCAUGUGAUUAAGCUCAAUGUGUGCAGGAUCACACUGGGUUAUAACACAGCGGCACAUACGAAUCUGCAUAUGACUGGGUACAUCUACGCUGUAGAAUUAAUACAGUUUAACACUACUUUAACUGCCACGACUCAAUGUUAUGCAGUCAUAGUUUUACAAAGUCUAUAGCAUUCUCUCUCAAGUAGUCCUGGCACCUGACUUGAAGGAAUGCACUCUCCACCAACAAAAAAUAAUAAUCAAAACAGAAACUAAUCAUUGAUGAGAAAAAAUACUACCUUUUUGGGAGAAAUCCUGACCUUUGCGAUUUUACCAUUGAUCACCAGUCAUGUUCUCGGGUCCAUGCUGCCUUGGUCUACCAUAAACAUCUGAAGAGAGUUUUUCUGAUAGAUCUCAACAGCAGUAAGUUGACUGAUAAUUAACCAGCACAUGGCACAUUCCUGGGUCAUAUUCGGUUGGAGCCUCACAAACCUCAACAGAUUCCCAUUGACUCUACAGUUUCAUUUGGUGCUUCCACGCGGGCUUACACACUCAGAGAAAAACCUCAAACGUUACCCUCUGCAGUAAAAGGUGACGAGAAAAUGACCAGUGAAGAUGAUGAGCUCAAAGGGUUGCUUGGUUUACCAGAAGAGGAAACUGAAUUAGAUAAUCUGACAGAAUUUAACACCGCACACAACAAGAGGAUCUCCACACUAACCAUAGAAGAAGGAAAUUUAGAUAUCCAAAGACCAAAACGGAAACGGAAGAACUCAAGAGUAACAUUCAGUGAUGAUGAUGAAAUAAUCAAUCCAGAGGAUGUGGACCCUUCUGUUGGACGUUUCAGAAACAUGGUACAGACUGCAGUUGUCCCAGUGAAGAAGAAGCGCAUGGAAAAUGCUGGGUCCCUGAGUGUGGAUGAAGCUGCAAUGCGGCGGAUGCAGAACUUUCCCUACAGCGGGGGAUUGUACGGUGGCUUGCCUCCCACUCACAGUGAAGCGGGCGCUCAGUCUCAUGGCAUCCAUGGCACAGCUCUCAUUGGAGGGUUGCCCAUGCCUUAUCCUAACCUUGCCCCAGAUGUGGACUUGACUCCUGUCGCUCCUUCAACAGUGACCAUGAACCCAGCUCCAAACCCAGCUGUGUUUAAUCCCGAAGGUGUGAAUGAGCCGAAGAAAAAGAAGUAUGCAAAAGAAGCUUGGCCAGGCAAGAAGCCCACCCCUUCUCUCUUGAUCUGAGAAGUUUGGCCUCUUCUAGUGGGUGGGAUAGGACCAACUAGCCGUUGGAAGAAAAAAAAACUGUACAAGUAUAUUGGCAGCUUUGAGACUCGAAUCCUAACUGUGUAUGUCAUACAUAGCUCAGUUACAGGGCUGAACUCCCUUCCAAAGAGUUCUGCCAGGGUCAAGAAAAGAAAGGCAAACAUGUAUCUUCCACUCCCUGCAGAACCACACUGCCUAGCAGCCUUUUCUUCAUUACCCUUCCUUUACAGACCCAUUGCUGAUUUUGUUUUGACUUUAUUCACACAUUUAAAGGACAUUGUCAGGUAAUUCACAGUAAAUCUUUACCGUUUUUUGCAGCGACAUAAAUUCAAAACUGUUAGGUACUGAUUGUAUUCAUUUGCAACCAGUUGGUUUUGGACUAAUACGUUUAUUCGACAGCAGAUACGUUCUAAAAUAGCACUUUGUCAAGCUUUUAUCAAAUAAUUUCCAUGUAAGUAAAAAGCAGUAGUUUGCUUUUAUAAUUCAAGAUCAUGAGGUGGUUUCAGUCUAGUGUACUUUUUUAUGUGCAUUGUAAACAUGCAUCGCCAUUUUGAAAGGGAAUGGAACUGAGUGAGCAGUAAAUUAGAAUGGAAGAGAUGAAUUUCUCCUUCGCAUCAUAGAUUGAAAGCAUCAAAAGUAUGAGAAAAGGAAUUGAAUUGAAUUUGAAAUGGUAUAGUAGUCCAGCAGAGUUUUUUCCUGACAAAAGAAAUGACAGAAUAGUGGCAUUUGACCAGUAUUUAGGAUGCGAUUAGGAAUACCCAGAAGUGACCUGUAUGGUUUGUUUGGCCUAUGCCAUUAUCUGUGUGUCAUCUAUUCUGGGGUCACCCAAAAGCAGCAGCCCAAGGAAAGUCACCCAGUCUCUGAAAUUUUAUAACGUGUGCAGUUUAGUCAGAUAGGGAUGUGGCACAAGUUAAGUUUCAUGAUGUCAGCUUUAUUGCAUGACAAUUUGAUCUUUUGACUUCCCUGUUUGAGCAAAAAUGAAUUUAAGGCAGCAAGUACUUGGUUUCAGUCCUCGAUAUUUAGUACACAUGAAGGUAACAUUGAAGUUAGAGCUAGAGUUCUGUGGUGUCUUUGUUCAGUAUCCAGACUCUAAACACUGUGCAGACGGUUAAAUCACAGUGUUGGACUGACCUCUUCUUGGUUCUGUGUAUUUAAAUGGAGUUAGACUUGCUUAUCCCAUGACAGGCACAGCCUCCGCAAGUCCUUUGAUGUUGAUUUUAUUAGGAAAAUGAACCAACUUGUAAGUUGGGUUGUUGUGUGUUUUCCGGGCUGUAUGGCCAUAUUCCAGAAGUAUUAUCCUGAUGUUUUGCCCACAUCUAUGGCAGGCAUCCUCUGAGGAUGCCUGCCAUAGAUGUGGGUAUGUCAUACCUCACAACCUCUGAGGAUGCCUGCCAUAGAUGUGGGCGAAACAUCAGGAGAGAAUACUUCUGGAACAUGGCCAUACAGCCUGGAAAACACACAACAACCCUGUGAUUCCGGCCAUGAAAGCCUUCAACAACAACUUGUAAGUUCUCAUUCAGCUGUUGAAAUCAGUGGAAUUCUUCAAAAAUGUUCAACUCAGAUAGGCUUGCCUAUUGUUUCAGCAAGAUUACCUCUCUCCAAAAUUACAUUUGCCCCUCAAAGUACUGGUCCAGACACAGGCUGGGGGCCAAAUAAAUCAUUGUAAUUGCUACUUGCAGGAGAAAAAUAUGAAACAGUAUAUGUUACCAUAUUGGGAGUCAGUGGAAUGAAUAGAAGUGACUUCAUUUCUGCACAACCUGCUUUUCUCUUUUUCAUCUUAUAGUGUACAUGGGGCCCUUUGUGAGGAUGACACUGUUUCUUUAUUGUGUGGUUAUAUAACAUCAUAUACUCAGUUGUGACAAUGAAUGGCUUAUAACCUUUAGUAUUCCAUAUUCCCGAUCCUUGGUUACUUAAUUUGUGAUAUGUUUAGUUAACGCUUUCCAUACAAUAGAGCAGUUCUUUGCUCUGUGAUUGGCUCUUCAGAAUACGAUCAGUUUAAAGCAGUUGAGCUUUCCCUUGCUGGAUUUUAAAAUAUUUUUUAAAAGUGACUGUUUUGCAAGGUACAUAUGUUGGGAUUUUAUUGAUUGCUGAUCUUUAGCCCUUCAUCUCCCCAGGAUAAUGCAAACUUUUAAUUUUAGAUCUGUGAAGCCAAGCCUGGCUGAUACUGAGCAUCGGGGAGGCAGGGUAAAACAAGUGGGUCUCUGUACAGACGUUUGUACAUUUGUGUAAUAGGCCUUUUCACACUCAGUUGAGCUUUUUACCUGUAACCUUUACUACACUGUAAAUUAAAUGAACGUUUUGCCAAAUA